GCACCUCACACGGUUGUUUCCUCCGAGCGAACGCGAGAGAGAGAGAGAGAGAGAGAGAGAGAGAGGGAGAGGGAGAAUGGAGAUGGAGAUGGAGAGGGAGAGGGAGAGGGAGAGGGAGAAGGAGAGGGAGAUAGAGGGAGGGGUGAAGGUGGUGGAAGCGACGAGCGAGGCGGCGAAGGCGGCGGCUCCCGCGGCGGAGGAUGCGGUGGUGGCGCCGACGAAGAAGAACCGGAUCCAGGUGUCCACCAACAAGAAACCGCUCUACUUCUACGUCAAUCUCGCGAAGAGGUACAUGCAGCAGCAUAAUGAGAUCGAACUUUCCGCGCUGGGCAUGGCUAUUGGCACUGUUGUCACGGUUGCUGAGAUCCUGAAGAACAACGGUCUGGCUACUGAGAAGAAGAUCCUGACUUCGACGGUUGGCACCAAAGAUGAUACCAAGGGCCGCCUUGUUAGGAAAGCCAGGAUUGAGAUUUUGCUACACAAAUCAGAGAAUUUCAACAACCUCGUCCCUGCUACCAAAGCGGAUCAAAUCAAGGCAGUUCAGCCAGAGAUUGAGGCAUAAGAGAGUAGUUGUGUGUUUCU